AUGGCUCCUGAGAUUUUUUAUAAGAAAGAAUUUAAUCCAAUGCAAGCAGAUAUAUGGGCGCUUGGAGUCACUAUUUAUCACCUUGUUACAGGAGGUUUUCCGUAUUUUGCGAGUGAUCCAAAAAUGUUGCUUGAAAAAAUUGAACGUGGUGUUUACUGCGAUGAAUAUAUUGAUGACAGAUUGCUUGCUAAUCUUAUAUCACGCUGUUUGGUAUACAAACCAGAUAAAAGAGCAACUGUCGAUGAAUUACUAAAAAUGCCAUACUUCCAACAGUUCCAAUUUGGAAUAGAUGUUAUGGAAGCAUCAUUUAUGAACUGCCAUAGCGGAGUUAACAUAAUCAAGCCAAAGCUGAGACCAAAAAGAUCAAAUCUUGCUAACCAUUCUCUCCUAAUAUUUAGAAACUUGAGAGGUUCAAGGCUUCAAAUGAUUGAAGGUCCUUCAAAAUCCCAGGAAAAUCUUAUUUAA